GUAAAUGUGAUUUAAAUACACAAAAAAUAUAUCAAUGUACCCGGAAGUUUUAAUGUACGAAUAUGAAGACAAAUACUGUUCCAGUAGUAAUAUGUUUUUCUAUUUUGUGUAACUAUGGUGGCAUAUAUGCCGUGGUUCCAAUAGGAAAUUUAAGCUGCAGUUUUGAAACAGAUUUUUGUAACUGGAAUACAACAUCCUCAAUUUGGACACGAUAUAAUUAUGAACAUGGACAAAGUGACGAUACAGGCCCCAAGGAUGCAAAACAUGGAGAAUAUUAUAUACACACAACUGAAAUCACACAGGGUGAUAAUGCAGCAAUAACUCGUUUAGAAAGUGAGACAUUUAACACUGCCACAACUUCAAGUAAAAUAUGCUUUAUAUUCUGGUAUCAUAUGUUUGGUAUACAUGUACAGAAUCUUACUGUUACUGUUGGAGGUAGUCAGAAAUUUGAAAAGAUUGGCAACCAAAGUCAAGAAUGGCACUGUGGUGUGAUAGAUGUCACAGAUCAGUCAGGAAAGAUAGUGUUCAAUGCAUACAGAUCUGUACUGCCGUAUUCCGUAAUAGCUCUUGACUAUUUUCAAGUAGUAAAUAGUGAUACAUGCGGUCAAGACAAUUGUGUCAAAUUAGUCGCCUCGAGUACGACAAGACCGGGGACACCUAGUAUUGCAUCACCAACAUCUUCAACAACAGAAAAAGAAUUUACUGCGACAUCUGCGACAUCUGCUUCGGGAGGUGUCAUAGAAUUAUUGCCUAUUGCGAUUGGUGUUCCUUGUGGUGUUUUAAUUGUGGGAGCCAUAAUAGUAGGUGUGUGCAUACACAAAAGAAAACCUUCAAAGAAGUUUGAUGGAAUCAGAAGGACUAUUGGUUCUAAUAAUCCGUAUAACACUACUCCUAGACAGUCGGUAGAUGGUAUAUCUGGUGUUUACGACGACGAAGAAAUUUAUAACGAGAUUAACGAGGACGCUAUGGUAGGCACUGAUAAUGGUGGUUACUUAGAUGCACUUCCGCCCAGCUAUGAUGAAAUAGGUAAUGUCGAGUUACGACAAGACGGUACUGCCGGUUACAUGAACCACAAAUCAGAAAGACCAUCAAGUGAGGAUUAUUUAACACCUAUAUCAGCCCAAAAUAAUCAACCAAUUAGACCCAACAAUGACUAUUUAGAAUCAGGACAAGUCCCUAAUGGACGACCACAAAGUGACGAUUAUCUUAAACCGGGAGUGUUCAUGGGAGAUGAUGUUAAUCUGUAAACAUAAUCAUAGAAAAUAUUAUCCUUUUUUAUGUUUGAAUAUUUAUUCAGAAAUUAAAUGAUGUGUCAUGAGUAUCCUAUAGAAGAGUACUAGACAUUUGCGGAAACUAGGUCUAUAUCUAGGAUUACACUUUAGACUUACGAUUACAGGUAACAAAAACAAGGGGUCAUCUCGAAAUACAAAAACAAACCAACAAUACAGAUACAAAAUAGCAAAUGAUGUCUUCUAUAAAAAAAAAAAAUGUAAGCAACACGUUAAAUUUUACGUGUCCGAAACGCUGUUCUGGAUUUACCAUCAAGACCGCACAAAGCCGAAUAUUUGAAGACAAGGAUUUAUAAGGACCGAAGGUGUAGAUAGAUGUAUGUUAUAUAUAUUAUCAGCAGGAGAAAUAGACUCUCCCCGCGAAACAGGGUACUUUUUAAUGCAAUGGUUACUAUACGAAAACUAGCAAAAAUAUUGUUCAGAUGAUACUCUACUGCACGAUUACAACUUUGUAUCCGCAACUGUUGCGUUGCCGACUUUAAAAAUAUAUUUGUGAUUUUUUUAACAUUCUUCUCGCCUGCUACACUUUUGCAUUCUUUAUCCCUAACAAUCAAUUGAAUAGAUUUGCGUAUAAAUUUUGUGUUUGAAAUGAACAACGUCGAAGUGAGAGAUCACGGGCUGUUCCGGCGGUUGGAACACCCCUUUUCUUGCCGAUCAAUGCUUUUGAAUAGGGACAUAUGGUCGGACACCCCCCCCCUUUUAUCUUGGGUUGGAAUCUCCUUUUGAAAAUGGCUGGAUCGACCCCUGCGUCGUCAGUGCACUCUAUAUAAUAGUACCAGUCUCGGAACAGGGGUUAAAUAAAACUCAUGUUUCGAGCAUACUAGUCCCACCCAUGUUCAUGGGGGGUAAAUAUCGAAACCGCGAAAAAUAAAACGUCCAUUCCCAAGAUCUUUUUAUAAUAAUUGCAUAAAAGAAAAACAACUUGGAACUCGUUUGUCUUUUUUUGCUUGUUGCUGUUGAAAACAUAGAUAGCAAAGUUUUAACUAUUUGAGUACAGCUAUUCUACAUUUCAACUGAGUCUGGCGAACAGUCUAAAAUAUAUUUCCGACACAGAAAAGUUCGUUGAUAACUUUUUUUUGAUUUUUUUUUCUCGAAUAGUUGUGAUUUUUUUCUAUUGAAACCAAAAACGUAGACAAAAGUGUUUGUCCUAUUCAGGAAAAAUAAAAGAUUUCAAAAUUAUACCGAACGGCAAGUGAAAUUUCAUGAAGAAUAAAUAGCUCAAAAACACCCGUCCGCUGAUUUCCUCAUUCUCUUUAAAACAAAAUAAAAGAGAGAAAGUAUGUCUUAGCAUAAAUAUGCUUACAUGCUCCAUGGUUGAUUGCACCUUUCUUACACAAAGUAUUGCUGACUUUUUUUCAGCAAUUGUCACAAUCUAUCUACUGCAACGACAAUUGCGAUAUUUUGUGUGUCUCAUGUUAAAAUUUAUUUUAAAAUAAUGUUAGUUCGUUCUAUCAUACUUCGUACAAUUGCAACAUUUUCUACCUUGGAUAACACAGUAUACAAUAAUUAGUGUUAACACAUUGCUGCAAAUAUAUUAGAAAAAAAAAAUUGUUCAACUACAGAAAAACAUCCCUAUCGUUACAUUGUUUUGGAUCGACGGUUUAUUUUUACACUUUGAGAAAGCCCUAUAUUUAAAUGCUACCUGUAAGUGUAAUUGUAAUCCUAAUCGUAGGUGUAUGACAGUUUCCGCAAAUGUCUAUUAACCUUGUAGGUACUAUAUUUCCAAACAGAUUACAUUUUUUUUUCAUUUCAGCAUUUAAUAUGAAGUAUUUCUUAGGGGACGACCAUUUGAUAUUCGUGGGAUAAGAAUGAAUUUUGCGGAUUUACUACAUCUUCAUAUUCUUAUUUUCACUUUUGUACACAACUGUUAUUUGCAUUGUGUUUCGAAAUAUUCAUUUUCAUCCCUUUAUGCAAGGUUAUCUAUUUGCAGUUCUUACCAAGCCAGAAUAUUCAAUUUCAUAAUCCUCCUGCCCCCUCCUUCCACCUUCAAAACUCAAAUGGUCGCCCCUUUAUAAAUGUUAGGAAGGAAAACUUGUAUUUUAAUGUGUUAAUGUCUUUCCUUACGGAGAAUAUUGGAAUACACACAUUUGUAUGGGACAAGUAAUAAACCGAUAUUAUGACAAAAGACAUGUUGUUUUAUUGACUUCUUUAGAUGAAAGCUAAGCAAAACGUUUUGUGCAAAAUGUUUACAAGUUAUUUUUGCUAAAAAUUUAUUUGCAUUAGGGAGACGAACAUUUGAUUUUUUGAGGUUGGGAAGGAGUAUUUUUGUUUAAACAAUUAUUUCCUGCACAUUGUAUGGUAGAAUAUUUAUUUUCAUCGUAAAAGUAAAAUUAAUAUUUUUUCCUCAUUUCUUGUUUCGUUUUCCUAAAUAAAUCAGUUCAAACUAUGAAACACCAUUAAACAUGUAUUUGUAAUUAAAAAAGGCAAGGAAGAACUAUAUUAUAGUUUGUAAAAUUUUUAUGUUGAUAUUGGAAACAUUAAAACUUGUUCCACAAAAGUGCGAGUGCUAUAUCUACCUCAGGCAAAGUUGACCCAAGAUUAAUAUGACUAUUAUAUUUAGGUCAUUUUUAGUCAUAUAUCUCUUCAACUGUUUCGGUUCUUAUACAUCCUAAGCUUUCAAAUAUUGGCUUUGAGAAGGUAAAUCUCCUCGGACGCAUGAAAAUUAUAAACUGUUGUUUUCAUUUUUUUCUGUAGCCAAAUAUGCAAAAAAUAAAAACAUCAGCGAAACAAAAAGAAAGACCUGGACAGAACUGCCAAUUGUCAAAAGUUAAUUUUAUAAAAUAAAUGCGACAGUAGUUCAUCGAUGUUGAAAUAUCGUAUAUCUAUUAAAAAGAAAAAUCAAGGUUACAAACGAAAACUGAGGGCAUUGCAUGAAUUUAAAAUCUUAUUAAAGAUACCAGGCUUAUAAUUUUUUAUGACAGUUUCGCAUUUCGUCUACAUAGCCAGCUUUCAAUGGCGCUCGAUUCAAAACAGUUAGAGGCCAAAUCAAAGAAGAAAUUGAAGAGAAUUAAAAGCCAAAAAUAUAUGAUAAAGAUGUGUCAAAAUAUGGCCAAGGCAAACCAUGCCUGGGGUAGAGAAACCUAAGUGUUUCUUGGUACAUUACAUGAUCAUAUCAAUGAUACUUCAUGUCAACACAAAAGUGCUGACCACUGAGCUGGUGGUAUAUAAAACCGUUUAUAAAUUGUGUGCUUGAUGUAAAACGAGUGUUUCACUUAUAAAUGAAACUUAUUAUAGUAAACGAAUUGUAGUAUGUUGACUUUUCAAAUAAGAAAAGACAUGAUUUAGUUUUCCCUUUGCUAAUUUUCUAUUUUUUUUAAGCAAUAUUCCAGAAAAAAUUAAAAAUAUCAGUAUUAUACGAUAUCAAAGGGUUAACAUUUCUUUUAAUGAAUGUCUUGGUUUCUGCUUACAAGAUAGCCGCUGAACCAAGGAUUCUUCAUGGCAAAUUGUAAGUCAUCUCCUCGAAGUUUUUACAAGCGCCAACAUGAUUUGGUUGAUUGCUUUGGAAAAUCUGUCUUACUACUGAAAUGUUACAUUUAUGGUAACCACUAUUCAAUCAGCUUUUCCUCUUUCAUAUCCUCACCGAAUGUGAUUCAUACCCUGUCUUUCCUUUCGUUCGUCAGCUUGUCUGAUUAUCUGCCUGUAUGUUCAUGUACCCAUGAAGCGCAAUGACUAUUAACGAAACUACACACUUAUAGAACACUCCCGAUAGAUGUACAUCAAGGCUUAGCAAUAUAAUCCCGAUCAAACAUAUUAAAGUGGAGUUAAUCGAUUAUAUUCUUGGCGGUUGUAUUCAUUGGUGAGUUCACUCACAGUUCUAGUUAAAAUAUGAGUUGCAGACAGAAAGUGACGAUGCAAAACUCAGAAUUAUGAUUUCUUUUUUCAACAAGGAUGCAGGCUACACGAUAAACGUUGAAUUAAUAUUUAUUUAGUAUAUUCCAGUAAUUCAAACAGUGACAAAAACUUAUUACGCAUUCUCAAUCAGAACGCAUAAAGAAUGUUUACACAAAACAUAUUUUUGGUCGUUUAUAAAAAACCAAGGUAUUUCAUUACAUUUUCUAGGUACUGCAGGAUUUUCACAUAAAAGUGAAGUGUCAAUGAUAGGCUGAAUUAGCAUUUAAAACUUGAAGUCCUUGUAAUUCUAUGCCUUUCACCUUACGAUACUUUUCGUAUUUAAAGCUUAUGUAACUGGUUAGUGUAACAAGGAAAUUAUAUUAAAUUUUUAUGUAUAAUAUAUUCAAAGAGGUCAUUUCACAAAAACUGUAGAAGUGUAUAUUUCAAUGUAUGUGGAAUGUUGCAAUAAAUUAUGAUGUGAAUAUAGUAAAAUUCAAAUAAGAAUAUAAAUUCAAGACAUAUACAUAACAUAAAUGCAAUGAAGUACUUAUUUGAUGACAA